AUGGUUGGAUACGCCUUGUUUCAUGAUCGAUUGGAACUACUACAAUACAAGAUAUCUUAUUAUCCAUACCAAAAUGUUGAAGUCCUCGAAAUGACAAACAACAAGAUUCGAGAGUAUGCAAGAAACAAUGAAAUACUCUAUCUCUAUUGUUUGGAUUUCAAUGAUCCAUGUCAAUUAUUGGACAUGGUCAGGAAUUGUGCUGAAUUUGUGUUACUCGAUCGAAAAUGGAGUAGAAGAUAUUGUCAAGUUUGCAGUAGGGUUUUUGACAAUUCAUGCAGAGUGGAAUCAAUUCAUCCAAUCUUUUGUUCUCGUAGAUACAUUGAUUUAUUUUCAAAGAUACUACCAGACUUUGGAAACCAACCCAUUAAAAUUGUGAGAUCUUUAUUUCAACAAACUCCAAAGGGUAAUCAAAUGGAUGAAAUCUUCUUCUUUUAA